CACUCGAUAAGAACGGAAAAAGUAGCCGACGAAGGGAACUGCCGCGUGUUGUGCUAUUUGGAGCCAAACUGUGUAUCCAUCAACAUAGGACCUCAAGAAGAUGGCGGUACAAUUUGCCAAUUAAAUAAUAACACCGAUGAGAGCCUAUCAUCAUCAACCUUGCUGAAAAAUAACUGCUACACUUAUUAUGGUAUCGAGAAUCCAUGCCACAGCAACCCCUGUUCCUGCAAAAGUGACUUAUGUCAAGCGGGAUUCACUGAUAAAGGCUUCAGAUGUAUUCCCCGAGAGAGGAAAGAGGCACAGUGUGGCAAAGAUUGUCAAGGACCUCUUGGAAUGGAAAAUGGUGAAAUAUCCGAUACAAAAAUUAGCGCGUCUUCGGAAUAUGACUCCUACCAUAGCGCCAAUGAAGGCAGACUGCACUUCAAGGCAACUGGGGACAAAGGCGGAACAUGGGGUGCGAGAUUGCCUGAUGCUAAUCAAUGGCUUCAGGUCGAUCUGGGUACUGAGUGCUUUAUCCUUACGCGUGUAGCCACACAAGGAGGGAAUCGAUAUUUGGCAUGGGUUAGAGAAUACCACCUGGAGUUUGUUUCCAAUGCAGGUCGAAACUUUCAGUACUACCGCGAAAGAGGUUCGACAAAUAAAAUGGUUUUCAUCGGAAAUAACGACUCCAACAGCGUUGUUGCUCAUGACCUGAAGCCACCAAUUGAGGCACGUUAUGUCCGUUUUCGACCACUGGUUUGGCACCAUUGGGUAUCGAUGAGAGUGGAGCUUUACGGUUGCUCUAAAGUAUGCCCAUUAUAUUGGAAACCAUUUGGAAACCUUCGGUAUGCCAUAUUCACAACAGAACGCUCUUGGAGUGACGGAGAAGCAUUCUGUAAUUCAUUGGGUGCACGGCUGGUGAAGAUUACCUCCGAUGAUGAGAGCGCUUUUGUAAAUAGCAUCCUUCCAGGUAACUACCCUUCCGACAAACCCUACUGGAUCGGCCUUUGUGAAGAUGAGCCAAACAAAAAAUGGAAGUGGUCCGAUGGAAGUGAACUGGGUGUGUAUACCAACUGGAAAGAGGACGAGCCAAAUCAGUUCCAGGACAUCCUGGCUUGUACUGUCUUGGUCGGUGGAGAGUGGCGUGACAGACAAUGUUCAGAUAAAUAUUUCUUCAUUUGUGAGAAAUGACGUAAGAGUGUACUUAAAGCGCACACUGUAUUUGAGGUUUUACGAUCGAACAGUUAAAAUGAAAACCGUUUUCGCAUAUCAAAAACGUUCAGGGAGCAUGAUCGUUAGAUGAACUCAUUACAAUUACCUUCCGUCGAUAAGAGCUCGUAAAAUGUGUUUCAUCUGAGUAUUAUCCCUUUAACACCGAAGAGUGCAUGACUGGCACCUAAUUUCUCCUUAAAAUAUCACCCUCGAAUCACACAUUAAU